CAGCUAAAGCUAUGCAUUCUUGCCCGGAUUUUCUGCUCACACUCAUGGUUAGUGAUGUGUUUAGUUUUUGCAUCCCUUUUUUCUAUUAUUGUUUAUAGCACGAUAGUCUAUCUUCCCUCUUACAUGAUUGUGUGUUUGCCAGUUGCUUUGGUUAGUUCUUAUUUUCUGCUCUGUUUCUUCGAAGCGUCUUCUUCGUUUUGCUCUUGUUGACACAGAUUCGUCAAGUGAGCUUUUUCUUUUAGUGAACUAUUUUGUCUAUAAUCCUGUUUAUUCCAAUAUGUUUUUUGGUCCGUCAUUCAUCGACUAAUUCAGGUUUACUUUCUCUGUUUAUGGGUGUUUUCUAUUUUGCCGUUGCAUUAAGCUUUCUUCAUAUGUGGUUGCUGUAACGAGCUUUUUUUUCUUUGUCAUCUUGUGUUAUAUAUUUGGAGCCUGUAUUGAUUCAGAUUUCCAGUUGAUCUCAUCUCAAGCGAACUCUUAGGCAGACAGACACCCAAAAAUACUCCAACUUUCACUAAUGGCGACUAUCCGAAUGAUUGAUAUAGCAGUCAAUCUCACUGAUGGUAUGUUCAAAGGAAUAUACAACGGCAAGAAAUACCAUGUGGCAGAUAUUGUUGCAGUACUCAGCAGGGCUUGGAGUGCCGGUGUUGAUCGAAUUAUUGUUACUGGUGGAUUUCUAGAGGAAUCAAAAGAAGCUCUUGCUAUUGCUGAAACUGAUGCAAGACUUUUUUGCAUGGUUGAUGUGCACCCAACAAGAUGCAAAGAAUUUGAUGAGAGUGGGGAUCCCGAAAAGCAUUUUCAGUCUCUUCUCUCAUUGACUAAAGAGGGGGUUGAGAAAGGAAAGCAAUUGGUGAAUGUGGACUGGACUAUGACAGGCUUCAUUGCUAAAAGAAUCCAAUGCCAGAUGAUUUGGGGAAGCGUAGGGGAAUCCAAUGCCAUAAACAAUGCUAAAAGAAUUGGCUUUGAUGAGAAGAUAAUUAACUGUGCCCAAGCAUGGAUAAACAAGUUGACCUCACAGAAGGUACAGAUGCAGAAAGAUUUGCUGCACCAGUAACUAAUGGAAGAAAGAAGUAGAUUAGAAAUUCAAGCAAAUAAAGCUGCAUCUCUUCACUCGGAUAUUAUGAGCAUUUAUUAUGAGAUAAUAAAUGCGGCAGAUGACUUUGAAGGGCGUGAGACAGCUCUUGAGACCAAGGAGAGCCAACAGAUCCAACAGGAAUUGAAGGCUGUGAAGAGGGAAAUUUAAGAUAUAGUGCAUGAAUUUGAGAACCAACUUAAAAAUGCUGAUGCAGAUAAGUACAAUCUGCUGCUGAAGAAAGCAGAGUCUGCAAUUGCAUCCCUUGUUGAAGCUCAUCAGCCUACUGAUGGUCUUUCUAUUGGGAAUACGGACAGUAGGUUGUAUGUACCACAGCCUGGUGAGCAAAUAUAUGUCAAGGGAUUUGGGAAAAAGUUGGCUACUGUAAUUGAAGCACCUGGAGAUGAUGACAUGGUCCUUCUCCAACAUGGAAAAGUCUGAGUACAUGUGAAUAAACACAGUGUAGGAGCUCUUGCAAAUACUGGUAUUAGUGGUGGAACAGCUUCUAAU